AUGUUGGAAAAGAAAAUGUCCAUUUAUGAGACCGAAGGAGUGAAAGGCGAUCAUUUGUCCAUGGUCUAUGACUAUUUAAUAAUCUUAAAACCGACCAGUAUAGAGGCCGAAAGGGCUUUCUCCGCAACCAGCUAUAUGUGCAGUUCUGUGCGCAGUCGCAGUCACGACAAGUCAUUCACUCUUUUCCGAUUAGGACAGAAAUCUUCUGCAGGAGUGAAGGAGUUUGCCGAAACAGGUCGAUCAGAUAUACUGGAGGAACAAAGUCAAGGAGAAGGAGGAGUGUACGAUGAAUUCAACGCGCCACCGAUCACUUCCGGUGUGGGGAGGACCGAGACCGAGUUCUUUGUUGAUGGAAAUCACUCAAAGGUGUCACUGAUGUCCCGAAUAGUGCCCUCACCGGACUGGUUCAUCGGCAUUGAUGGCUUCGACCUUUGCGUCAACGGGAAUUGGCUGGACAGCAUCACUAUCGAGGUUGACCCCAUAGAUGCCGGUACUGACAACGGAUUUACCUUUACAGCGCCGAACUGGCCCACCGACCCUCAAGGAGAGAUUUAUCGAAUUACCGCUCACUAUCCAGCCCACCCAGCAGGAUCGUUCUUUUAUCCCUACGUAAAGAGAUUGCCUCCCAUAGGAACGUUCCAAUUUAUAAAAAUAAAAGAAUACGAAUUAAGUGAAGUAUUCCAUCACGAAGAAGACGAACACCAAUACGAAGUUUUGAAAAUGGAACAUUUGCCACACAACUCUAUCAGUAUCUUCAAUGGCAACAACGAUAUUCAAACAGCUAUCGAAGAAGAACGAGAAGAACAAGAGCCACAUCCGAGACAAAAACCAAGACCUAGACCUCUGAAACAGUUUGCACUUUCAACGCCCUAUUCCACGACGCCAAUGAGAAAUAAUUAUUAUACGGUGGAUGACAGGAUGUCAAACACGAUAAGCCAACGAGACGAUACAGUAACAUCGGCGGCGAUUCCGGCCGUCGUACCUCGAGGAAACAAAAACGCCAUCAUGAAUAGCAUAGCGGACUCGUAUCUGGCACAUAAGGAUAAGAAGCACAAGAAAUACCACAAAGUUAAGAAAAGUUACCCGAAGAAAUUCCGUCCACCACGUGACUGCCGAGUAUCGCAAUGGUCCCCUUGGAGUGCCUGCAGCAAGUCCUGCGGCAUAGGCGAAAUGCAACGUCGCCGAGAGGUCACCAAACACGCCAGGAGGGGAGGAAGACUGUGCCCGCCGUUGGUGGAGACGAAAUGGUGCGGAUCAGCUAGAUCAUGCAACAAACAGUACUUUAACUGGUAAUUAAGAUCUUUUUCGCCAUGUUGAAUGUGUCUUUUUGUGAAUGAACACUUGGUGUUUCGCAACGAUACCACGUUUUGGACUUUCAAGACUCUGGCUUUGGGCUUUCGGCUGGAGACGCGCGAGUUGGGUGGUUUUGGUAAACGGCGAAAUAUGCGAUCUUGAAUACACAUCAAUAUUAUAAGUAUUUUUAAAGAUAAUAAUUAAUGAUAAGAAGGACAAUCGACUGUUUGCUGAACGAAUCUAAUUCGCUUUUUUGUUACCAGUUUCCAGACAAAAUUCUUUUGUAUUGAAAUCAAACUUAUUGAUAGAAAAUCAGUAAAUAUUUUACACAAAAUAUCCCUAUUGUGCUUUUUAUACUUAGCAUACCUAUAACAUGUAGAAAUUUUUAACAAUUUUUAUCUAUGAUAAGAACAAUUAACUCAUUCUUAAUAUAUUAACUUUUUAUUAUCUAUUAUAUUAUAUUUUUCGUAUUACGUUAUCUCCCAUGUGUUUGUGAUCGAAUUAUCUGUUGACGAAUAGUCUACCAAUAUCUAAGCGAUUUGUCCCAUACCACAUCUAAGAGAUCUUUUGACCAUGAAGUUUACCUUUAACUGAUUGACCGCGAGUAUCAGGUGAAGAAUCCCACACAUCCGUCUUUUUAAUUCAACAAAGGUGAUAAAAUUUAUUAUUAUUCGUUCCCAGUUUUCCCUUCCUUGCCAUUCGUAUAAGAAUUUUUACAUUUUUCUAGGCUCUGUCCACGAAACAAAGAGCAUUCGCCUAUAAGAAUACAAUAUAAUUCUGUUCUGUUACAGUGCCGAUCAUUUAGGUCUCAAAUCCAAUCCUUAUAUAUGUAUAAAAACAGAAAACCUAAUAACAAAGUAAUCGAGUUCGGGUAAUCGAAGCAUUUAACCAAUAAUGCUAAUCUUUUUUCUGCUUCAAUUUUGUACCACCUGUAACAAAAACAUGUCAAAAAAAUUGGCAACUUAGUACAUGCAGAGGCAUUCGCAAUAAUAUUAAAUUGUAACAAAGGAAUAUACCAAUGGGGGUAAUUAGCAUAUGAUGAGCGGAAUAUUAAAGACACUUUAGCUAGGAUGACUAGAAUUUACUUAAACCAAUAUGAGCCAAGAUUCUUUCUUGAUCUUAUAAAUCGUCAAAACAUUUUUUUUACUUUCUUUUAGUUCAGGUAGAAUGUAAUUUACAUUUCCAUAAAAUUUAAAUAUUUCAGUUAGUAUAAUUUAAAAUAAUUAUACGUACUUUUUAACGCCAUGUUCCAGCAAAGAAGCGGUGAAGGGGACAUUUUGUGUAAAUUUUUUAAAUAUUUAUAAUUUCUAAAAAAAUGUAGAAAAGAAUAAAGUUACUUUUUGAUCAUUUUUCAUUAAUUAUAAAAUAUGAAGAUUGAACACACAGUUUAUAAAUAUGUAUUAAUAAAUUAUAAAAAGCUUAUAUAUUUAAUACAGUCCUAAAACAUUAUUGUCAUCACUGGCUCGACAAAGAUUCUUGAGUCUUGGACUGUUCCAGAAUUCUGCUCCAUUCUGAUUUGUUUCUUAUUUUUUCUCCAAUUCUAUUAUUUUUAAGAUUGUUAUAUCAUAUUCUAUUUUGUUCUAUGUAUCUUAGCUUCGUUCUUUCUUUUGUUCAGUUUCCUACGGGCAUUCGUUUGCUUAUUAUGUCUGUUAUUUCGCCUUCUUCCAUUAUUUUUACAUCUCUUUCCAAUGCAGCCAUUCUAUUUUAAUGAAUGUUCCAAUGUCCGAAACCUCGUAUAUUUUUUAAAGUUCCAAGUUUAAUCUUCUUCGCUUAAUUCCAUUUUCUAAUAUGCGUUUGUAUAUGUGUCGCAAGAAUGUUCUUUCAACAAUGGCUAAUAAUCUUUCUUCGCUUUUAGAGAGUGUCCAGGUUUCUGAACUAUAUGCCAGUACCGGUCUUAUUAAGAUUUUGUAUAUUUGACAUUUUGUUUUUUUCUCGCGACGUCUGAUCUUAAUAAUUGUCUAAUAAAGCUAUGGUAACAUGUAUUGACAAUGAAUAUUCGUCUCUUCACUUCUUCUGCAAUGUUGUUAUCAGACGGAACUAAGGAUCCUAAGUAUGUAAUAUUUAACCAUUUAACAGUUGUAAUUAUUGUCAGAACCAUUAAUCUCAGACAGCCUGCAAUUCUAAAUAAAUCUAUGAAUAUUCUAAAAAUCUAUGCUUGAGCUCUUGUUCAAUGUACUCAAAAUCUAAUAUAAUGUAAUAUUUUCUUAAGCGCGUGAAUUUAAAGGAGUAUUUAUACAUUUUAUACAGUGCGGUGGAAUAAGUGUUACCCCCCCCCCCUGUUAACUUGUUUAUUUUAAAAACAUAAGCAAAACGCUCGGAUAGGUCGAUUUUUAAACUAAUCAUAGUAUAUCAUAGCAUCAACGUUUCGAACUUUACGCGAUCCCUCUUCAGGUGACAGGCAUAAUUUUGAUUUUUUUAAAUAGUAAAGUACAUCAUGUGACACCUCAUUUAACAGCUUUUAAAAUGUUGAUUUCAAAAAUGUAUAACACUUUAAUCCUUUUUGAGAUCGCAGGCCCAAAAUUUCGGUCGAACUCUUUUUAAACGCAUUUAUUUUUUUCGAAUUCUGAGAAAACUAAUACGUAUUUUUGAAAAAUUUAAACGCAGAAUGAAAGAAUAGAUUAUUACCAAGGGCUGACAGUCCCUUAGAAUAAACAAAAAGUUUAUUUUGAAUGAUAUAUUUGAAAUUAAAGAUCACACUAAAUUUUCUCUUUUUUCCACCACUGUGACUUAUUAAAAUAAACAUUAUAGGAGUUCUCAGGGACUUUGGACCAUCGAGAAUACUGUAAUAUUUCAUUCUGCGUUUAAAUUUUUCAAAAAUAUUUAUUAGUUUUUUCAGGAUUCGAAAAAAAAUGAUUGCAUUUAGAAAGAAUUCGGCCGAAAUUUUGCGCCUACGCUCUGAAACAGGAUUAAAGUAUUAUACAUUUUGAACUCAGUAUUUUAAGAGCUUUUAAAUGAGGUGUCACAUAAUGUACUUUCCCAUUUAAAAAAGUCAAAGUUAUGGCUGUCACCUGAAGAGGGAUAGCGUAAAGUUCGAAACGUUGAUGCUAUGUAUACUAUGGUUAGUUUAAAAAUCGACCUGUCCGAGCGUUUUGCUUAUAUUCUUGAAAUAAACAAGUUAACAGUAACAGGGGGGGCAACACUUAUUCCACCGCACUGUAUGUAAGCUAUAAACGUUUUUUCACAUACGUGUAUUUGUUAAUUUCUUCUAUUUAUUUUAUUUAUUUUGUCUUAUUGUGAUCAAGGAAUUAGAUAUAAUGUGUAUUUUUCCUAGGUUCCCUAGGCAUUCCUAAAUCUAUUACAUUUUCAUCAUUUAUUCAGUUUUGCUAUAUUUUAAACCACUUUUUAUUAUCUUCAUUUUUUGCUUUAUAUACUUUAAGAAAUUGAGGUCCCCAAACACACUCGACGAAGAAAAAGGUGAUGAAAUUUGAGUAAAGAAUAAUAGAAGAAAUAAACCUUUUUUCCUAUUGCCUUCCCUUCUUAUGGAGUAUUGGGAGCUCUUACGUUUCUUGGCCAAGUGAAAGAUGGCUGAUUGGUUGGAUCAGCGCAUUUCUCUAUGUUUUAACAAUUUAUAACAAUUUGAGAACACUUUUUUUUCAUGUUUUGCUAAAAAGAAUAUAUAUAAAAGUGAUUUCCUUUUUAUCUUCGAAAAUAUUUUUUAUAUUUUCCGCGUAAAAUUCUUGAUAGGUCAUCUUGUAAAGCAAGUUAUAGAUCUUUCCAUUUUAAUGUUAAAUUUUAAUUUAUAGACCUAAACUGUGUAUUCAAUCUUAUAUUUUUCAAAAAAUAUCUAGAAUUUAUAAAGCAUGUCUAUUAUUAUGUACUAAUUUUAACUGCCAUAUAAUAUAGACUUAAAAAAAAGAUAGCAUUUUUAUAUUCAAUGUAUAGAGUAAGUGAUAAAUGUAUGAAUAUGAUUAACAUUCUACGGAUUCAACAGAAAUAUGCAUAGCAAAACAGAUAUAUUAAUUUGAAGGAUUUGUGAUAAUGUAAUUUUAACACCGUAAUGGGCCAUAAAAUAUAUAAAAAAAUUUAUUUUUUUUUAUUUGUCACAUCUUGCAAAGAAAUAGUGGCUUAUAUCAUUUAAAAUUCUCAUGUUUUUCGUUGUGGUUCUGAAUCCUUUAUACUUCUUUGACGCACCGCUAUAGGUUCUUCUGACGACACUAUAGUACCUACCUACUAUCAUCAACACAUGAGCUUAAAUACAUUAUGAACAGACUAGAUAUUGUUGGACGUGAAUAUGGACUUAAAAUUAAUUCACAGAAGAGCAAGGUGAUGAUGAUCAUCGAUCGAACUGGAAACAUCCAACCGGAAAUACGAAACGUAGCAGGUAUGAAGUGGCAAACAGUUUCAAUUACUCAUGUUCUAUUAUCCUAAACAAUAGUGGAGGCCAAGAAGAACCUGAAACUGCUCCUCUUACGUGCGCUUAUCUUCCGUAUCGCUACGUAUGCUGCAGAAACUUGGACCAUGAAAAGUCCGACUCACGACAUAUAAUGGCCUUUGAAAUGUAGGUGACAGCACACCGCACAAAUAUCUCGAUAUUAAAAAUACUCGAUAUCAACACCAUGCUUACCAGAAUCAUCAACCAAAAUAUAUUAAGAUAUUUUAGACACAUAGCUAGAAGAAAUAAAGGCAUGGAGAAAUUAGUGGUUGAAGGCAAGUAGAUGGUGAAAUAACCCCAGAAAGAUCGCCACUCUGAUGGUUAGACCAAAUAAAGAGCACCACCGGUUAUUCUCCUUCUGAGGCAGAACAUCACGCGCAGGGGAGAGGAGAAUUGCUAGAAACCAUACGUCGAAUACCAUGACGUUACCACAUUCUUAGGAUGGAUAAAGGAUAGAGGAUGCAGUUAGCUUCCUCUCAACACUUGUUUUAAUCACUCGAUAAGGGUCUCGUUUUUUCACCAUUGAUAAAGUACAAUGCAAAGAGAUAUUUUUGUCAAUAAAAUCUUUAAUGCUUCAACUUCACUAUAAAUUACAUGAACAAUAUUAUUUCCAACAAUGUGUCAAAAUUUUCGAACACAUUCGGGAAUUUUAGCCAACUUUUAGAUGACAGUGUACUCUGGAACAAACUGAGAUAUCGAUUCUAUGAAGAACGCCUGCGAAACCGUGGUCCAAGUUUAUGUUUAAUGAAAAGUCGAAGCAAGGUGAUCGACGUAUUGCUUUUAUAAUAUUUCACGUCGAAUAUCAUAAAAAUUAUAGCACGAACCAUGUUAAUCAAAUGAAAUUUUUAAGCCAUAAAAAUGCAAAGAGUAUUUGUCUCUUAAAUUAUUGGCAUAAAUCAUUUACUUUGCUAUGCUGAUGUCAGUAGGUACACUGUUUCUUUACCACGUUCACUUAAACUAAAACAGCAUACUUUUUGAAUAUACCAAUAAUAUUGGUAUAUUGAAUAAUGGUAGGUAUUUCAGACUUUGUCACUUAUUCUCUACAACAAUAACAAAAUAAUUGAAAUUAUGCUAAAAUAUCUCUGCAUGCAGCAGAGUAAAAUCUAAUUAAAUAAUUUGCUAAACUUUUAGUCAUUUUUACAUUAUAGGUUAAUGCUAAAUAUUUUAGAUAAAUUUUAUUGUUAAAAUUAAAACUUAAUCCCUCUUCAUUAAGUCGUACUAAAUCUAAUACUUAAAAAAUUAAAAUAACGUUUGAGUACGCACAUUUUGGAAGGUACUUUGAUAAUUUAUUAAAAAGGUUAAUUUUUAUUAGGGUAUUUCAUACAGAUAUAGUGUGUGUAUAUAUGUAGCAGUAAUUUUUUAAACUGAUUUCUAUUCUCAUGCAUUGUAGUUUUUCAAAAUAUAUCUCUUGGCGUUAAAAGUACUUUCCGAUACAAUAUGUUUAGAUCGCCUUUGUAAACAUUUUCAUCAUAUAUUUUCUUUGUUAGCGAAAGUAGGUGACCAUAUUGUCAUAUGGCUAUUUUCAGCUAUUGUUAUUUAUUAUUGUUAUUCAUGUAUUUACUGGGAGCUAUUUUCAUAACCAUACUGAACCAUUUUUAAAACCUAUUCCGCUAUUUUCUUUAUUUUGGAAUAUAUCAUUAAUUUUUUAUUAACAUUUAAUUAAUUAUUCAUUUAUUGAAUUAUUAUUCAUACCUGCGAUGUUGCGAGAUGCCUCAUUUCCAUGCCAUUCCAUUGGCCCUCUCUAAGGUCUCUUGCGCUCAUUGUUUUAGUUAUUCCUUUUGCCCGGUAGUUUUGUAGUUUCGAUUCUCUGGAUAUAUCACUACCAUAUUUUAUCAUUUGCUUUUUUUUCACAUCUGUCGUUAUUCAGCCUUUAAUCCCAGUUGCUGAUUUUAUCUCAUCAUUACGAAUUAUCUCUCUGCGGAAUACAACAAAUGAUGUCCUAAAGACGUACAUUUCGAUUAUCUCCAGCUUUCUUUUGUUAUUCUCUAAGUUUCUGUUCCGUAUAAUAGCCUAUUUUUAUUAAGAGUUUCAUAUAUGUUAUAUUUCCUUUUUUCCCUAUAUCUUGACUCCAGAAUAUAGGUACUAUUCAAACAAACCAUCGUCUUCUAGGUUUCAUUAUUCUUCAUUUAAUUUGUUGAACAUCUUUGCUUGUCGAGUCGAAACCCGUCCAAGGCAUCUGUAUUGGCCACAGCGCAUAAGUGUGUCAUUUUCUUCUGAUUUAAUUUUCGUCGUCUCGGAUCAUAUUAGUAGAUACUUAGUUUAAUAAAUAGUCUCCCGUUUUAUACCGCUAACGCGGCUUUGGGGUUAUAGCAGGGUAGUCUGCUAUAUCUAGGGCCUACGGUAUACAAGAAAGGUAACAGGACCGGUGCUACGCUUUAAUCGCCUAUUAUUACCCCUAGUUUAACCCAAGGUACUUAUUUUUAUUUAGGCUGAGUCGACCUUGGGCCUAUAGACAUUUUAAAAAUGUCUAGAUGUUCUCGCCGGCGGCGCUGGGAUUCGAACCCCAGCUUACCUGCGUGGAAGUCAGACAUCCUACCUCCUGAGCUAUCCGGGCCCAGAUACUUAGUUUUUGCGGUAUUUAUCUCCAACCGCCACUUUCUAUAUUUGAUUUGAAGUUUCUUAGUCAUAUAUUCUAGAUCAUCUUUAUUAAUCGCUAUGAUGACCUGGUCAUCCGCAAGAUGUAUAACACAUCUCCCCCAGGUCUACACCCAUACCUCUACAUUUGCGUUUGCAUUAUUUUAAUGCAAGCGUUGUCUUGUUUUCUAGUAUUAUACUUCCUAAAAUAUGCUGUAUUCAUACUUCCUAAAACACGCUGUCUAAAUAUAUGGGUAAACAACAAUCAGAUGCUUCUGCGGUCAACAACUCCGUUCUCUUCUUAACUCAAGAGAGACACUAUGAUGUCUUCAAAACUUGUCGUGAGACCUUUCUGUUAAUAUCUGCUUUGACACUAAGCUGCACUAAAAGUGUAUUCUCUAAAUAAUCCGGGUCAUCCUGGUCAUCCUGGUCAUCCGCAAGAUGUAUAACACAUCCCCAGGUCUACACCCAUACAUCUACAUUUGCCUUUGCAUUGUUUUAAUGCAAGCGUUGUCAUGUUUUGUAGUAUUACUUCCUAAAAUAUGCUGUAUUCAUACUUCCUAAAACACGCUGUCUAAAUAUAUGGGUAAACAACAAUCAGAUCCUUCUGCGUUCAACAACUCCGUUCUCUUCUUAACUCAAGAGAGACACUAUGAUGUCUUCAAAACUUGUCGUGAGACCUUUCUGUCAAUAUCUGCUCUGACACUAAGCUGCACCAAAAGUGUAUUCUCUAAAUAAUCCGGGUCAUCCUGGUCAUCUGCAAGAUGUAUAACACAUCUCCCCCAGGUCUACACCCAUACCUCAACUUUUGCGUUUGCAUUGUUUUAAUGCAAGCGUUGUCAUGUUUUCUAGUAUUAUACUUCCUAAAAUAUGCUGUAUUCUUACUUCCUAAAAAACGCUGUCUAAAUAUGUGGGUAAACAACAAUCAGAUCCUUCUGCGGUCAACAACUCCGUUCUCUUCUUAACUCAAGAGAGAUACUAUGAUGUCUUCAAAACUUGUCGUGAGACCUUUCCGUCAAUAUUUGCUGACACUAAGCUGCACCAAAAGUGUAUUCUGUAACUAAAAAUAAAAAUAAUAAAUAAAAUCCAUUACCUAUCUUGCGUGGGGUUUAGGGAUUUCUUGCAGGCCAGAUUUAAAAAAAGAUACAGAAGAAUUUAUUUCAUCUCCUAAAUUGUUGAUUAUCGCAGGCCUGAGUUCCUUAUAGUCCCCAGACUGUGUAAAAGUGUUGUCUAUCCUACUGCAUAUAAUUAUAAUUGAUACGUUCGCAAUAGGGUUUCCAGUGCAAUCUGUUAAACCUUUUCUCGAAAUUCUUGUCGACCCGGAUCCUCUAUGCAGUUCUCCAUUGGUCUCUUACAUAUAAUUCCCGGUUAGCACAUUUCAACAUUUAUUUCUUAGAUUGUUUAG